UAGCCCCUAUAUGGAAACCCACCCGUUUUUCCUCCCUCCCAUCCCCUGCCUUCUCCCGGAUCAUUUCACGACAUUUAUCAUUUAUUUACCUCCAAAAGAAAAACAUAAAUUAAUUAUUAAAAGAAAAUAAAUUAACACCUCACUUCACUUCGUGAUAUUUAUAUCCAAACAAACAGAUACUUCUUCUCCCCAACAUUCAACAGCUAGAAACCACAACCAAAAACCUCCGUUCCCUCUCCUUUUUCUCACACGGAUUUAUCGUCGCCUUCCGGCCACUCAUCUGAUCAGUAUUCCUGCGAUAAUAAGGGAUCGGUUUCCACCUAAUCGACGGAGAUGGGGAGAGAAUGAGGAACAACCGACGGCGAUCAUCGCGCCGAUCAUCAUGUCCAUCUCGUGCUCCGAUUGCUUCACGGACCUACUAUGUGCUGAGGACUCCGGCGUUUUCUCCGACGAGUCGCCCGGAUGCUCGUCGGAGAUCGACUCUUCGGCGUCUAGUGAGGAGUCUAUUGCCGGAUUCAUUGAGGACGAGAGACAUUUCGUCCCCGGCUUCGAUUACCUCUCCAGGUUUCAAUCUCAGUCUCUUGACGCUUCCGCUCGAGAAGAAUCCGUUGCAUGGAUUCUCAAGGUGCAAGCAUACUAUAACUUCCAGCCGUUGACGGCGUAUCUCUCCGUCAACUACAUGGAUCGGUUUCUGUACUCACGUCCGUUGCCGCAAACGAGUGGUUGGCCAUUGCAACUUUUAUCUGUAGCUUGCUUGUCAUUAGCUGCCAAGAUGGAGGAACCCCUGGUUCCUCCUCUAGUGGAUCUCCAGGUUGAAGGGGCCAAAUACAUUUUUGAACCCAAGACAAUCCGUAGAAUGGAACUCCUAGUGCUUAGCGUUCUGGAUUGGAGGCUACGAUCCGUGACGCCAUUCUGCUUUCUCGGUUUCUUUGCUUGCAAGAUCGAUUCCACCGGAACUUUUACUGGGUUACUAAUUUCACGAGCAACGGAAAUUAUUCUAUCCAAUAUGCAAGGUACCAGUUUUCUAGAAUACUGGCCGUCAAGUAUUGCUGCUUCGUCAAUUCUUUGCGCAGCAAAUGGAAUUCCAAAUUUGUCACUCGCCAACCCCGAGCUCGCCGAAUCAUGGUGUGAUGGACUGAGCAAAGAGAAGAUCAUCAGCUGCUAUCGCUUAAUGCAAGCGCUUGUGCUUGAGAGUAGCCUCAGUAAACAACCAAAAGUGUUACCACAGCUUCGGGUAACAAUUAGGGCCAGAAUUAAAUCAAGCGAUUCAUCAUCAUCCUCAUCUUUUUCACCAUCUUAUAAAAGGAGAAAGUUAAAUAAUUGCUUAUGGACAGAUGACGACAAUGGAAACUCCGAGUAGGAGGAAUAAAAAACAGAAGAGGGAAAGAAGAAUCAAGAAAAGAUUAAAAAAAAAAAAAAGAAAAGAAAGAGAGAAAGAAACUGUGGGCCAAGUUGUCUAGAAACCUCAAUAUUUUUUAGGAGGGUUUUGAGCGUAAAAAUUGACUGGAGUGGUGAAUGUAGAUUAUCUAGUAUAUAUAGACAUAUAUAUACGUAUGAGGGUUUAGGUGGGGGUGUUGAGAAUUUGUUAAAUUUUUUUUGUUGGUGGGUGUUGCCAUUCCUUGAUGGCUCUGCAGAUUCCCAAGGGAGUCUGUUACAUAAAUAUUUCCACGGGAAAGAGAGAGAAGUUAAGAUGUGUUUAUUUACCAAUAGUGGUGUGAUGGAGCAUGAAGGAAGUGGAGUACUGAAUUCAAAGGCUAUACUGAUUAUUGUUCAAUGAAAGGGGUAGAGAAUGGCGGGACCCUCUGAAUGGGGGUUUUGGUUUUGGAGGGAAAA